UGGCCACCACGACCACCUGAUCGCACCGGCCUUCGCCUUCGCCGUCGCUGCAUCCUCUGGCGUUUCUGUCCCUAGCGGGCGCGGCCACCGGCGAAAGCGCCGCACUGUCCCUCCAACGCGCUGUAGCUAAGUUUCCCCUUCCGCUUCCGAUUGCGUGUCGACACUGAUGCGGAUGUAACCCUAAACCCUAAACCCUCGAAACAUCUACCUCCCUCCUACUCGAGCUGCGGGCAUGGACGCGCUCGUCUCGGCGGCGCUCGAGGAGGUGUGCGCCCGCCUCUCGCAUGGGCUCCCCGUCGCUGACCUCUGGCCGGCGCUACGCGGAGCGCUCGAGGCGGCCGGGCUCCCGCUCGGUCCUCCCGUCAAGCGCGCGUUGUGGGCUCGCCUUCUCGCGCUCCCCGUCAUCAGCCUCGUGGCGGGCGAUGGGGAUGGAUCGCCUAUCGCGCCUGAAGACCCAGCGGGGAAGGACUUGGAGGAGGCGGAGCGGCGGGGCGUGCGUCUGUUGUCGAGCCCAGCGCUCAGGGACAACUUCCUUGGGAUGUAUGACCGCAGAUUCGCAAAAUCAGAGUUGAGUGCCGUCCAGAAGGCAACGCUAGAGCUUGUCGGAGCAAGCAGGACUUCUGGCGUAACACAGAAUGAUCUUUGCAAAAAAUUUCACAUGAAAGGAAACAACUUCUAUUUUAUUGUAAAAAACCUUGAAUCACAGCGGUUAAUAGUUAGACAAUCAACUCUCAUAAAGGUGAAAGAUAAUGGGGUUGAGGGAGAAGAGGCUUCACAGAACAAACAGGUUAUCAACACCAACUCGCUAUAUCUGUCCCGAUAUGCCAAAGACAUGAAUAUGAGUUCACACCGAAGAAUUGAGAUUACAAAGCCAGAACUACUGGGGAGCUAUGACGAUACCAAUAUAGAUGUUUCGCAAGAAGAUGGAUUUGGUGUAAAUGUUAAGAACGACAUAUCUGUUCAUGAUUAUCUUCCAGCAAUGAAAGCGAUAUGUGAUAAACUUGAAAACGCUACUGGAAAGGCUCUUGUUGUGUCAGAUAUUAAAGUUGAUCUUGAUUACAAGAUGGCAUAUGGGCACAGAGCAUGGAGAAAUGUCUUGCAUAGACUAAGAGAUGCGCGGCUUGUUGAAGAAUUCAACGCCAAAGUUAAUGAUAAGGUUGUACGUUGUUUGCGUCUGUUGAAGAAAUUUGAUCCAAUUGAGUUUCAGCCAAAAAGGACAACCUCAGACUACAAAGUUUGCCAGAAAAGCCAGGCAACUGAUCAAGUUAUGGAGCUUCCACUAGACAACUGUAUAUACGAUAUGAUCAAAGCUCAAGGGUCGAAAGGUGUAACCCUUGUUGAGCUCGGCAAACGUCUUGGGCAUAACAACUCAAGAAGGCUUCAUAAACGAGUGUCGUCCAUGCGCCAAAGAUUCAAUUUGACUUGGGACGCUGAAGUUGCAGAUAAGACAUCUCAAUACCGAGUUUGGACUUCAAAAAACUUUUUGGAUUACAAAUCUGGUACCGCUCUGCAAAGUUUUGAGGCGCUCCCAGAUGAUCAUGCCAAUUCUUCCGAUUUGUGGUCACUAGUUCCAUCUAAAGGAUUGGAUUCUCCUAGCCCACAUGGUAACUUGUUGGUUAAUAGCGAACUCUUGUCUGAAGAGGAAUGCCAUCCAGUUGGACAUUGUUUACAAAGCAACUAUGAAGCUUGUGCUGGAGUUUCUCAACUAGUUAGACAAGAUAAACUUGCUUUGGAUCAGAAGAAGAGGUAUCGGUGCCCCCCUUCAACUUCUGAUGAUCGACGGCAUAGAAGGAUUCUACACAUGUUGAAGAAAAAGAAAUUUGUACUUAAGGUGGAGUUACAUAAAUGGUUAGAGGGACUUGAAAAGGAAAACGGAAAAAUGAUGGAUAGGAAGACACUGACUCGCACAUUGAAUAAGCUUCAGCAACAGGGCAGCUGUAAAUGUAUCAAAGUUAGUGUCCCUUUGGUUACAAACUACACUCGCAGUCGUCUCAUUGAUGUAAUACUGCAUUCUUCUGUUGGGGACUUGUCAUCAGAACUUGUCGACCAAAUUAGGAUCAGACAGCGGAACUUCGAUACUGAAACUCGUUCCGGUGCAGCAGCUAAAAUGAAGCAAAAUCAAUAUACGGCAGCCAUACCUGGCUUGAGGAUUUCACGCAGAGUUAAAGAGAAGAAACCAUUAAUAUUAGAAGCUAUGCAUGCCAACGGAUUUAUAGGUGCAAAAAUGAUUCGGGCAAAGCUGUUCCAUAAAUUUCUGUGGGUAUAUGUUACUGGCUUGCCAAGUUACUGCACUCCAUUUGGUUCUGCCAAAGAAGGGCAUAGUGACAAGGCCCUUGAUCAAUCAAGUCAGUUAUUUUCGAUGGCAGCAGCUAUAAAUGAAAUGCCUCUUGAACUCUUCCUACAAGUUGUGGGAUCAGCCAAGAAGACUGAUAACAUGAUAACUAAGUGUAGGCUUGGAAAAGUGCUUUCAGAAAUUCCUACCAAGGAAUACAACCAGCUCAUGGAUACUCAUGCCAAGGGCCGACUCUCACGCUUAAUAAAUAUUUUAGAUAAGCUCAAGUUGGUCCAACUUGCAACAGAACUUGUAGAUGAUUCGGGUGUGUCAUCAGAUGCUGUGCCUACACACUCAAUGGAUCUCAGGCCUUACAUUGAAGAACCUAGACCAAGGAUUCUCGCAUCAUCCCAUGAUUAUGGGAAUCAACAUCCAAAAAUCAGGCAUGAUUUUGUGCUUUCAAAGCAGGAGUUUGUCGAUGCUUACUGGGAAACAUUAGAGUACUGCUAUUUAACUGCUGGUUUGGCUGAGCCGCUUAGUGCCUUUCCUGGCUGUUCUGUACCUGAGGUUUCUCAUCCUCGGUCAUGGAGCUCUCUUAGAGUAAUGACUACUGAACAACGGCUGGAGUUACAAAAGCGUAUUAUGGAUAUGAGUGGGAAGGGGAGAAUUCCUUUCAAAGAUUGUCAUGUAAUUGCAAGGGAGUUGAAUCUCUCUGUAGAGCAGGGCUUCGCCUCCAUAUUGAGGAAACUUGACUUCUCCUUUGGGGCACCAAAAGAUGGACGAGGACUUAAAGUGCUUUGUGCUUCGUCCUGUCAGAAUAGACAGCUUCAUGGGCAGCCCAGCUUUUCGGCUAAACAAAAACAGCAAGGAGUUAAUUCUGGGUUGAUCUUUCAGAAAAGGAAAAGAUCCGCCGAUAAGGUUACCAUGAGAUUUGUUAAACAAAAAGUUGAAUCCAGCGGAUCCACUGGAAAGAUAUCAGCCCAGUCUACCCUGGAUGAGGAGCUACCAUUGAGAAUUUCUGCAUCAUCCACUGGUAAAAGAUUCCUGUGGACAUAUGAAUCAGACAGAAAACUUCUGAUGAUAUACACUAGAUUUUGUGCUGCACGUGGACCCAAGUGUUUAUGGAACUCUCUCUCUGGUCUUCCAGCUGCACCACACACAUGUCGUAAAAGGAUGGCAUACUUAAAUAAAAACAGAAAUGUAAGAGAAGCUGUAGUGCGAAUCUGUAGCCUUCUCAGAGAGGAAAGGAGAUGGAAAGAGAGGGGAUGCCAUUCCCAUAUUUCAAGUUCUAGUCAUGGGAACUGUGCAGAAUCAGAUUCUGAGACGGUCCAUUGGGAUUAUUUCGAAGAUCCAGAAAUAAAAAACGCACUUGAUGAAGCCCUUGAAUUCAUCCGAAUAGAAAAAAUGAACCAGACCAGGGGAGCUGGGUCUAAGAAUAAAAAGAGCAAUGAGGAUAAUAAUGCCACUGUGGAAAUUCCAAGUGGGCAGGAAAAACUAGUUAUGCAAGGUUCAGCCAGUACAAGCACUGCAGAUCCAGAAACCGGAUUACAUGAACAGGCAAAAUUGCCUAGACGUUCAAAUGCAACCCAUGCAAGUAAAAGCAUGGACAUUCCCUGUAUAUCUCAUGAAAAGGUCAUUAAGAUCAACAAAUAUGAAAUUACUAGAAGAGAUGUCUGCAAAUCCUUGGCAGUUGCAAAUGCGAUAGAGCUUCUGAAGUUGGUUUUUCUCAGCACAUCAUCAGGGUCAGAAGUACAAGCUUCAUUAGCUGCAACCCUCCAGCUUUAUUCAAAGAAUGAAAUUUUCACUGCCUUUUCCUUUCUAAACGAGAAGAAGUUCAUGGUUAGUGGAAAUGGAACAAAACCAUACACCCUUUCUGGAAAAUUCUUCAUCAAUGCUUCUCAUUCUCCCUUCCCAUUUGGUUCAGGAAAAAAGGCUUCUGAAUUUUCAAAAUGGCUUGAAGGGCAGCAAAAGAGCAUUAUGGACGAUAGAAUUUACCUUUAUCCAGAUAUAGAAUGUGGGGAAAUCAUUCAUCUCUUUUCUAUGGUUUUGUCAGGAGAGUUAUUCAUUUCACCUUCAUUGCCAACUGAAGGAGUUUGUGAGGCUGAUGAACCUAAUAGUUCUUGCCCAUUAGUUGAAGAUACCAGUGUAUUGAGUGAUGGCACUCACAAACGCAAGGCUGAUACUGUAGAAGAUGAAAGCGGUGAGACUAAGAAACACAAAAGUACUCUUGGUUAUCGUCGCGAGAAAGGUUUUCCUGGUAUUCGAGUUGCUCUGAACCAAGAGAGAAAUCAUGCAAGCAGUUGCAUGCAAGUGUUGCAUGAUAAAGAGUGCCUUAUUUUGACUUCAGCCAGGGAGAUAAGCAGCAAGGAUGUUGAUUCCCAGGUUGAAAGCCCCGACAAUGUACUGCAUUUAAACAACUCCAGUUCAUGUCAGCGACAUUUUCUGUCUGAAUCUCAGUUGGAAAACUCUUAUACUGGAUGGCCUUGGGAUGCUAUGAAAAUAUAUGCGGAACAGUUACACUCACUAUCUUGUAAUCAAAAUGAAUCAUGCAAAUUGUCUUCUGAUCUGUUCAGAUGUGCAUUUUGUGUUAUUCGUCAAGGUGGCGAAGGAGGAGUUAGUUUGAGAGAAUUGUCACAAGCACUGCAUCCACUAGGCACACAGUUAAUCGAUGUGAUUGUUGAUACACUCAAGAGAUUUCAUCUCGCCAUGGAGGUCAACGCAUAUGAUGGUUUCCAGAUUGUUGACUCCUUACAUAAGUCAAAGUAUCAUAUAACCACACUCGCAGAAUCAGUGCAUUGCAGCUGUUCACGACCCCCAGCUUCUCAAAAUGUGGAGACUGUGGGCACAAGAAAUCUACUGAAAGAGAAGCAUGCCAUAUGGCCCGUAUCUAGCAAUCAGGGAACUGUAAAGGUGCUUGGCGAUGGGCACACUGUAACAGUCCUGAGUGGUCAAAGCAAGUCGAGCUCUCAAAUGUGCAGUCAAAAUCCUGGAGAUAAGGAAACACUGUGUGCUGCAACACAAGAGAACAGGGAUAGUGAUUGUUGCCAUACUUGUGAAAGGCAUAUUUAUCACCCUAUAUUACCAUGGAUAAAUGGUGAUGGCAGCACGAAUAGUACUGUCUAUGAAGGUUUAAGUCGUCGAAUUAUUGGCUAUGUGAUGCAAUAUCCUGGAGUAGUAGAGGAGGACGUUAUCCGUCAGAUGGAUGUGCUGAAUCCUCAGACAUGCAGGACCUUACUGGAAAAGCUAAUACUUGAUAAACACCUCUAUGUUCGGGUGUUCGAUGAACCUGUGCCUAUGGUUCCCAUCAUAUUGCAGAGUCUUUUCAGUCAGGGCACUUGUACAGGACCAUCCAAGUCUAAAAGGCGUUUCUUUGCUAACCCAACGAGUACAUUCAUGUUAUGAGGAACUUCGCUUGUGUGACAAGUUAUGAAGAACUUGCAAUGUCUGUUAUAUGUUAGGGUGCUGUAAAUUUUCGGAACGGCUGACUGUACUUACCCGUACCCAGAAAGAUUUUCCAACUGUUAGCACCUGCCCUGAGGCAAAUAUCGAGCACGCUGCGUUUUUGUAACUGGUUGCUUGCGAUACAGAGCAUGCUAGCUGUGUCCAUCGUCGACUAGGGGCCCGAGACGAAGGUCCAUGUUUGGAUGUCCAAGUUUAUCUGUUACCUAAGUAAGUUUAAAUGACUAAAGUAAACGUGUAUUAUCAGACCGUUUUGAUGGACA